CGGCCAAUUCACGGAGUUUCAUACCCCUGGUAUAAGGUAAAAAGUAUAAUGUCUAUGGGAAAAGUAAAAAAAUUUUGAAAGAUAAGGUGGUGAUAAGUGAUAACAAUUAACAUUUAUCGAUCAGCCACUUGUGAUAACUUACGCAUUACAAACACGAACGUCCGCGUCUCCAGACACAGCGUAAAAACUAUUUUGUUUGUUGAAUCAUUUAAUUUUUAGUUUGCAAGUUUUCGCAAUAGACUCAAAACUCGCAUAGACCUUUAAACAGUAUAAGCUAGUCUAUGACAAGUCACCGCUCAUGACUUGUUUAUUGUUCAGUAAUAUUGAUAUGGUAUAAUAAUCACGAAAGUUAUUUUUAAUUUUAAAAUUUAUAGCAAUAUCACAGAUUAUAGAUAUUAUAUUAUGUAGCAAUAUAGAAUAUUGUAAAUCACUUAUUUAUAUUGUUUUAUAGAUUUUAAUAAUAAGUUAUAACAUGUACAUUAUGGAACCGUUAAUAUAAAUACGUUUCUUACUUUCCUGUGCUUAAUUAUUAGUUACCUAAUUGUGUUUGCUACUGUUCAUCAUAAACUUUAAAUCAACAUGUCUGGUAAUGAUGAAUAUGUUGAUGUAAUGACAUCCAGUCCACCUCUAACAACUAGAACAACUUUACAAAGUUCAGGAAUGAAGAAGAAAAAAGUAAAAAAUAAUAAAGACAAUCCAGGAUCAAGUGAUGAAGAACGUUGGUUAAAAGCAAUUGAAACGGGUAAAUUGGACGAAGUUGAUGAUGAGUUGAAGAAAAUUAAAAAAAAGGAUCCAAAAAUGAUGACCGCUAGACAAAGAGCAAUGUUUGACAGAAAAUCUGAUAAAGAAUUCACCGAAGAACUGGUUGCAUUGCCUUCUGGGUAUCGGGAAAAGGUAUUAACUCCAGAAAUGUUGCAAAAAAAAGCUAUUAAAUCCCAAAAAAGAAAACAACAAGCAGAUGAAAAAAGAGAAAAUGAUAAAAAAAGAACCAUGGAAAGAUUGUUGAAAAAACAUGAAAGCAAAUCUAAAACAAAUGCUAAAGGACGGAUGGCAAGAAAGGCUGUUAAUAAUAUUAUUUAUAUUAGUAAAAAUGAUAAAGUGUCUCUACUGUUUCCAGAAGGUGUUGAGUUUCCUCUCAAAAAAUCUUUUAUUAAACUUCCACCGGCUCAAAAAAUGUGUGGGGUAGACGGCUGUGAAAAUCCUAAGAAAUAUUCAUGUUCUCGAACUGGUUUACCAUUAUGUAGCUUACAAUGUUAUAAUGCAAAUCAAUUAAAUAUUUGGAACACUGUAUGCUGAUUAAGCAUAAUAUUUUAUGAUGGUCUUGUUGGCGGUAUCAGCUUUUUUAAUUCGGAGUUAAUUUUUCGGUCAACUAACACUUUGAUCACAAAUUCACCUUGUUGAAAUGGUUUGAAAGUAGCCGGUACUAUUACAUAGCUACGUAAUGUAGACACUACAAAUGUUUCUGAGAUCACUUGUCUUGCCUUGUAUACUCCUGAACUACCUUCUGGUUCAGUACACAAAAAAUACUCAGCUCCUAAUGUUUCUUUUUGUUCAAAAUCAUUCUAAAAAAUAUAUUGUACUAUGAUUAUUUAAAAGUAUGAUAUUAAUAAUUAAUAACUAAUAAAUGAUAAAUAAUAGUUGUAUUUACUUUGAAUAAAAAAAAUGCAACGUGUAAUGGA